AUGGGUCAGUGCAGGACCAGGGCAGCCACCAGUCCUUGGUGCCCCGAGAGGGACAAUGACCAGUCCCCGAAAGCUGCUGACAGGCAGUUUGAGCUAAUCCCCCAGCCCUGGUGGGCCCCAUUCCCCAGGGCUCAGAGUAGCUUCAGCCAGGCAGGGAUCCGACAGGCAGGGCACACUGAAUUCUGCCCAGAACGGGGCCAUGUGGACCUACUUCUGCUCCUUGUGCCAAUCUGCGGGGCCAGCCCUGGGAAUCCUGAGGGGCUGCAGAAUCUCCAGACUAAGAGGCCAGAGCUCCAAGUCAGCAAGUCCUGGGCUUCAGCCCCACCUUUGCCCUUUACCAACAGUCACCUAAAGUCCCUGCGCCUCGGCACCCUCCUCUUGGAAAUGGGGAUAGUAAUGCCUACGGUGGCUACCUUCCAGGCCCGUUGGUCCCCCAGGCAGUCUCAGACCAAGAACAUUUCCAGGGUAGGAGUUGGCGCUGAGACAGGUGCUCAAGAAGAGAAGGGGAAAGCAGCGGAGAACCCUCAAGCGCCCUGGGCUCAGCGCCCCCCAGGAGCUGGGCACUGUGCAGAGAGAACGGCCCAGAAGCUCCUGCUCCAUGCAGAGCUGAAGCAAGUUUUACAGAAGAAAGGAGAGAGGCAGGCUGCAUCUGGGCCUCUGGCCUCAACCUCUGGACGCACCAUGGAGGCCAGAAGUAGGAGUGCUGAGAUGAGAAGACUGAAUGGCCUCCCUGCCCCACUACCCCCUACCAAUGUCCUCCUCUGCCCCCAGGAGCUCAGAAAGGCAGAGCUGGUGGAGAUCAUUGUGGAGACUGAGGCUGAGACAGGGGUCAGCGGCAUCAACGUGGCAGGUGGGGGCAAGGAAGGAAUCUUCAUCAAGGAAUUGCUCAAAGACUCACCAGCGGCCAGGACCCUCAGUUUGCAGGAAGGGGACCAGCUACUCAGUGCCCGGGUCUUUUUUGACAACUUCAAGUAUGAAGACGCUCUGCGCUUGCUGCAGUGUGCAGAACCUUAUAAGGUCUCCUUCUGCCUCAAGCGGACAGUGCCCACCGGGGACCUGGCGCUGCGCCCGGGCACCGCAGCCGGCUACGAGGUCAAGGGCCCCCGGGCCAAGGUGGCCAAGCUGAACAUCCAGAGCCUGUCCCCAGUGAAGAAGAAGAAGGUCCUAGCUGUGUCGGGGGCCCCGGGAAUCCCCUCAGACCUGGCCCCUGUUGAUGUUGAGUUCUCCUUCCCCAAGUUUUCCAGGCUGCGACGGGCAAAGGCCGAGGUAGCCCCAGGGCCCGCGCUGCCCGCCCCUGCCCGCCGACGCUUACGUCUCCCCCGGCUGCGGGUGAGGGAAGUGGCCGGUCCUAUUCCAACCACUGAGCCAGUGGCCCAGGUGUCUCACCUGGCCACCAUCCCCUUCCUUGGGAGCAGGAAGGCCAAGGUGGAGGGUGCCCUGGCUGGAGAGGAGCCAUCCUUUGGUGCCCACUUUGUGACCCCCCAGCUAGAGCUGGUUGGGCCUCAGAGGGCAGGUGCUGAGGCGGUGGCUGAAGUUCCAGAGCCUUCUGGCACUGGAUUUAGCCUCCAUCUGCCCACAUUUGGCCUUACAGCCCCAGCAGCACCUGUGCCUGAGGUGGCCACAGGGGGCAUCCAGGUGCCCCAAGUGGAGCUGCCUACCCUCACCAAAUUGCCUUGCCUAGAGGCCAUAGAAGGUGGGGCCAUGGCAGCACCCACCCUAGAUGUGUCUGUGCCAUCCAUGGAGGUAGACCUGGCUCUGCCCGGAGCUGAGGCUGAAGUCAGGGAGGAAGUCCGGGGAGUAGGGCCUGAGGUCACUUUAAAGGUGCCCUGGCUCACCUUUCCCCGCUUUGGUGCUCGGGGGAAGGAAGGAGUAGGGCUUGAGGGUGAGGGAAAGGCUGGCAAAGGAAUAAGGGCUAGUCCUGAGGCCAGGGCCAAGGGGUCCAAGCUGCGGAUGCCCACUUUUGGGCUCUCCCUGCUGGAGUCCCGGCCAGCUGCACCCGAACCCACUGUGGAAGGCAAGCUGAAACUGCCCACAAUCAAGAUGCCUUCUUUUGGCAUCGGGGUGUCUGGGGCUGAAGUGAAGCUGCCCAAGGGCCCAGAGGUGAAGCUGCCCAAGAUCCCAGAGGUGAAGCUGCCCAAGGGCCCAGAGGUGAAGGUGCCCAAGGUCCCAGAGGUAAAGCUGCCAAAGGGGCCAGAUGUGCAGCUCCCCAAAGUAGCAGAGAUGAAGCUGCCAGAGAUGAAGUUGCCCAAGGGGCCUGAAGUUUCCAUUCCAGAGGUGCACCUUCCAGAUGUGCAGCUCCCAAAAGUGCCAGAGAUGAAGCUGCCAGAGAUGAAGUUGCCCAAGGGGCCUGAAGUUUCCAUUCCAGAGGUGCACCUUCCAGAUGUGCAGCUCCCAAAAGUGCCAGAGAUGAAGCUGCCAGAGAUGAAGUUGCCCAAGGCGCCUAAAGUUUCCAUCCCAGAAGUGCACCUUCCAGAGGUCCAGCUCCCAAAGGUGCCAGAGAUGAAGCUGCCAGAGAUGAAGUUGCCCAAGGGACCUGAGGUGUCCAUCCCAGAGGUGCACCUUCCAGAGGUCCAGCUCCCAAAGGUGCCAGAGAUGAAGCUACCUGAGAUGAAGCUUCCCAAGGUCCCAGACAUGUCUAUUCCAGAGGUGCACCUUCCAGAUGUGCAGCUCCCAAAGGUGCCAGAGAUGAAGUUGCCCAAGGGACCUGAGGUGUCUAUCCCAGAGGUGCACCUUCCAGAUGUGCAGCUCCCAAAGGUGCCAGAGAUGAAGUUGCCCAAGGGACCUGAGGUGUCUAUCCCAGAGGUGCACCUUCCAGAUGUGCAACUCCCAAAGGUGCCAGAGAUGAAGAUACCUGAGAUGAAGCUUCCCAAGGUCCCAGACAUGUCUAUCCCAGAGGUACACCUUCCAGAUGUACAGCUCCCAAAGGUGCCAGAGAUGCAAAUGCCCAAGAUGCCAGAAAUGCACCUCCCUAAGAUGCCUGAGGUGAAGCUGCCCAAAGCUCCAGACGUGCGGCUUCCUCAAGAACCCAUGGCAACCCGUGGGGCAGAACGGGGGGAGGGACUGGACUUUGGUUUCAAAUUACCCAAGAUGUCCAUACCCAAGUUGGGUCGGGUGGGAUCUCCUCCACGGGCCAAGGUUGGGGUGGUGAGCCCUGAAGUUUCAGGGCGUGGGGAGCCGUUGCCCAUUCUUGAGCCAGUGGCCAAGGGGCCUGAGGCCCGGCUCAGCUUCCCAUCAGUUACACUGCCCUCGGUGGAGCUGGAGCUGCCUGGAGCUGGGCUCCCAGGGCCCCCUACAGGCGAGGGAGGCCGCCCAAAGGGAGCUCCCCCAACAUCUAAGCUUCCUGCAGAGCUUUCUGGGAUCUCGGGGGAGGCAGGGUUCAAGAUGCCCAGCCUGGUGCUACCUGCAGUUGAGAUAGCUGCCCCCAAGCUUCCUGAAGGAGAGGCAGAGGGGAAGCUGGAAGUGUCUGAGCCCAAACUCAAAUCUCCCAAGUUUUCCCUGCCUAAGUUUGGGCUUUCGGGUCCCAAGGUGGGAAAAGGGGAAGGGGACAGUGGGGCCAAGCUGAAAACAUCCAAGUUUGGCAUCACUUUCCCCAAGGUGCGGACAGGUGUUGAGGCUGAAACCAAGGAAUCUGGGGAGGCCCCUCUGCUGUCUGCCCUGGGUGUCUCUGUCCCCCAACUCAGCCUGGAUGUCCAGUUGCCCACAGGCAAGGUGGAGGUGCCCAGUGAGCUGCCUGACAUCAAACUCAAGGGCCCCAAGUUUGCUUUGCCCAGGUUUGGGGCCAAGGGCAAGGAUAUGGAAGCUGGAGAGAUGGUGCUGGAGGAGGGGGAAGCAGAAAGCAAAGGCCGGGGGUGGGAGACUAAGGUAAAGAUGCCCAAGUUUAAGAUGCCCUCAUUUGGGCUGGCACGAGGAAGGGAGGUAGAAGAUGGGGACCGGGGCAGCCAUGAGGAGAAACUACAUAUGGGGCAUGCUGCCUUGAAACUACCCCAAGUGGAGCUGCCUACUUUGGUGGCACAGGGAGAGGAAAGAGGGGAGGUGGAGAGGGCAAAGGGGGAGGUCAGGCUGCCAGAGCUUCACAUCUCAGUGCCUGGACUGGCAAGUGGGGCAGAGCAGGUGGGAGUGGGGACCUCUGACAAGGAUGCCAGAGGCCACAAGGGGGAGAUGACAGUGCCCACACUGGGAAUCACAAUGCCCCAGGUAGAACUGACUGGUUUUGGUGGGGUUGGUGAAGGGACGGGGUCUGAUGCAAAAGCUUCCCAGAAGCAGAAGGAAGGGAUGGCCACUGCACCAGAGGGUGCAGGCUUCCGGGUACAGCUGCCCCAGGUGGACCUUUCUCUCCCUGGGGCCCAACUAGAGGGAGGGGAGAUGCUUGUGGGAGAGGGGGUGUUUAAGAUGCCCGGUGUGGCUGUGCCCCAGCUGGAGCUGGAUGUAGGGCUCGGGCACAAGGCAGAGGGGGCCAGGGAUGCUCUGGUGAGGGGUGAGGGGCAGGCAGCAGCCGAAGGCACAGCAGAGGGGAGAUUCCGGUUGAAGAUGCCCACCUUCAAGGGCAGUGGGGAGGGUGAGGGUCAGCCUCUGGGCCCACCUGGAGCCAUCCCUGACCAUACCUUCCACCUCUCCCUUCCAGAUGUGGGCUUCACAGUGGAGCCAGGAGCUGCACAGGCAGGCACACCCCCCGAAGGGGGCAAGCAACGCUCCUGGAUGCCCGAGGUGGAACUCUCCCCACCUCCCAUGGGCAGCCAUGCUGAAUACCAGGUCACUGGGGAUGGGCUGGAAGGCGAGGCUGGGCGCAGGCCCAAAGUCAAACUGCCUCGGUUCGGGCUCUUGCUAGGGAAAGAAGAGGGAGAUGAUGGGGAGAAGGCCAAGGGAAAGAAACUGGCAAAGGCAGGGGGCAAGGAUGACGCUGAUGUCUCUGGGGAGGGAGGGACAAAAAUCUCCCCAGGGUCAGGGAAAUCUACCCUCCUAUUGUCUUGGGGUGGUUCUGGAGAGGGGAGUGGGGAGGCUGGCAGCCGAGUCCGGAGUCCUAAGCUAAGACUGCCUAAAGUAGGCUUUGCCAAGGGCGAAGCGCCCAGUGCUAAUGGGACUAGCUCCCCAGGAGAGGAGGCUGGAGCUACCGUAGCCUUGCACAAUGGGGCAUCCACAGGCCGCCUUGGCCGUGUGUGCCUGCCCCAAGUGGAACUUGCCUCCCCCUACAAAGGCCCAGAACAGGAGCCUGAGAUGAGCCGGAGCCUGGUGGGGGGGGAUAGUGGCCCGUUUGCCGCCUUGCGGGCCACCCGUUUCCGCUCCCCCUUCUCCAGCCGCUCUAAAGAGGAAGGGGAGCCUGGUGGGACGGAGGGAUCUCAGAGGUCCCCCGGAGACAAGUCCCCCAAAUUCCACUUCCCUAAGGUGUCACUGAGUCCCAAGGCACAGGGGGUGGCCAAGGGAGUCCCAAGUGAGGAGGAGGAGGGAACGUUCAGGGUCCGGCUGCCUAAGGUGGGCUUCUCUGAGACAGCAACUGAUGGUGAGCCAACCCCAGUGGGCACUGUCAAGAUGGAGGGGGCCCAAACAGCAGCUGUCUGA